GCACAGAUCAGAGAUGCCACAAGUCCUUCUGUUUGCGGUGUACAAACUAAAUCUGAAUGAGGAAAAAAGUAAACUACAUUUUGGUAUUUUGGAAUUCUCAGUUGUCUAAUGGGAAUAUAUCAUUUUAAUUUUAAAAUCUGGUUUCCAUUUUAAUUUUUUCAUUUGGCUUCCUCAAACCACCAGUUCUGCUGUUUCAGUAAUGAUGGGGUCUUUUUUUCUCUGCUUUGAAACUAUGGGGCUUAUUCUGGCCUUCAUUCCACUCUUGUUCUGCCCUGGUCUUUUAGCAUCAGAAAAUUCAUCACAGCAGACAGCAUAUUUUGAUUCCCGAAAUUUCCGCAAUAUCCUGCGCUGGGAAAGAUUCGGUGGCCCAGAUGAAAUCGUCUUCUACAGUGUGCAGUAUAAUAUAUAUGGAACACCUUGGCGUGAUAAAAUUGAAUGCCAGAAUAUCACUGUGUUGUUCUGUGACCUCACUUAUGAAACAAAUAUAUACGAUGAAUAUUACCACGCCAGAGUGAAUGUGGGAGGCAAAGAGAUUUCUAAGACCCUUCGGUUUCAUCCCAAGGGAGACACUCUCCUGGGACCCCCUGAAGUGCACGUGUCUUCCACCAGUUCAUCAAUCAUUCUGAAAGUGAUACCUCCAUCAAUCCCAGUCAAUAACACAUUGAACGAGAAACAUGACAGUUUUACAUAUCUAGUCAAUAUCACACACCCGCCAUCUGCAAAACGAGUACUGGAGCAAAGCUCUGAGCAAUUUAAGAUUGAGUUUCUCAAAAAUGACACUGAAUACUGUGGAUCUGUGACAUACAGUCGCUUCAACAAAAUGCACAGUGAAUCCUCUCCAUUCUGUACAAAAACUUUAAGAGAAAGUACCAGCACAUGGUCCCCCAUCUUUCUCUUGCCCAUCGUCCUGAGUAUGGGUGUGAUCAUCGCCAUAGUUGCUGUUCUUUCUUGGCAGUAUGUGAGGAGGAAAGGAAGCCUGCCAAAUUCUUUGAAACUGCCAGGCAAACUCCCCACUCCAGCUCUUUGGUUGUCAGAAUCCCAUGGAUUCGUCCAAGAAUUUGAAAUCAAUCCGUGCCAGCUGUUCAUGGUUAAACAGGCUGACACUAAACCUCCAAACAGCUGGGCGUCUCUGCCAGUGGCACAGGGGAACCCUAACCCCUACCCUCCUCAAGAGUCCUGGGAAACAAAGCCGCCUGGAUGCUCCCCAUUGUACAUGUCCCAGAACCGUGAGCCUCCAAGAAACCUUGACAGCACACGAUCCUCAACCACCAGUUACGGGCUAGUUGUUGACCUGAAGCCAGAUCUCGCCACAAAGGAGAACAUGAGCAUCAGGGACUUGAGGAUCUGUGCUAAUCCUGCUGAAGAAUCUGAACUGAAUCACUGUGCUGUCCCAGAUGGCAACCAAGGUGAAGAGAAGAGACCUGUUUACUUCAAGAACAAUGAAAGAGAGUGUCUUCCGGCGCACAGAACGCAGGCGUCAGAGCCAUCCAUCAGCUACCAAGCCGGGCCACUCAUUCUCCCUGCAAUGAGAGUGGGAGGCAUCCUGACGCUGCCUUCAUUAUUUCUCAGUCUGACCCAGGAUGACCAGGAGGUGGACACCAGCUUUGGUGGCCAGAGCUGCAGGGAAGACAGGCCACUGCUGUUAGACCUUAGAAUCGACAGUGAGGACUCUUGGAUAGAGCCAGUGGCAUCAGAAGAGGAGGGGGAGAAGAAAUACCUCCCUGUGCAGUUCCCUGCACCUUGCACGCAAGAACAGACUCUGUGUUGCUACCUUCCACCCAUCCAUAGUCAAACAGCAGGGCAAACGCCAGCGGUGUCUGACUGCAGCUCAGGUUACAAGCAGAACUGGACCCCCCAGCAAACACAAUCCUUACCCUCAUCGCAGCUGGAAAGGCCUGAAAAAGAUGAUUUCACAAUACCUUCUUUCAUAAAAACUGAAACAAGGGAAGGAGGGGACUUUCUCAAAAACUGGUGCAUACAAAUUCAUGAAGGAAAAGACUAACCUGUUUGGCAGCUUUUAUUUUUUUACUUUGAUCUUUCUUUGAUCCCAUCAAUUCACACAUUUCACUCUAGAGGGCGUAAUCUAAAGAAAAUGUUCUGUGGUCUCACACGGUUUCCAUUUUUGCCCGUAACCAAGCAUCAUCACGCAGCUAAGAAAGAAGAUGAUAUCUGAGAAUCAACAAGUAAAGCUUUGCUCUGAAAUUAGGUUGCUGCUUUUAGUUUUCAUAAAAACAGGGACCCCCACAAUGACAUAGUCCAAACACUAUUGAGCAAAAGAUGAAGGUUUACAAUGCAGUACACAUGACUAUGCAGCAUGCAUUAACAUUCUGGUUACGUUUCCAAGCAUAACCCAGGCAUCACAGUCCUUCACGGAGAGUCAAAAUGAAAUAGCACCCAGGCAUGCCCUGAUUAGCAUGAGCUGCCUUAACUCAAAGAUCCUGUACAAUACAAGCGAAAUGCCAAGCACAGCACAAAGUAGACACAAAUGCACCCAAAUCUGCCAGCUUGGUGUGUAUCAAAACCACAUCCACUUACCAUUAGCAGGAAAACCAGACCACCCCAGUAUCUGUCCCGGUGUUCAUUUUGACAGAGAAGGCUCUGCCUAUGCCAGUAAGGAAAUGUGGGCAUUAUGCUUGUGUCUAAUGUGUGUUCUCUUUUCAAACUUUACAGCAGCUAUUUUGCACAUUCAGUUUAUUUUUUUGUACUGGUAAAACAUUAUAAUAAGUUAUUUUGUGUGCUUAGUAUUUUUUAGAAAUGUGUGUAAUUGAAGGAGACAAGGAAUAAAAGAUGGAGAGCUAGGAUAGUUCAUGCGACUAAUGCAUAGUUUGGAAGAGCUGGACCACUAAAGCAUUCUAUGGUACACCCCUGGCAGACCUCCCCUGGAAAGAUUCCUUUUGCUUAGCAGUUUCAUCCAUUUGACACUUAGGUGAAAUUGUACAUAUAGGAUGGUUCAGUGUGAAAGACCAAAUCCUGUCUGGGCCAGAGGAGGACAGCAGGCUGGAGAUUGUAGCCUUCAACUGCAUGUUAUUCUAGCAGUAAACCUGAUCUGUACGAGAGGAACCACAGGGAUAGACGUGGUGUCUGUGCUUGGCUGAGGAGCCAAUGGCGUGAUUCUACCAUCAGUAGGGUUGACAGUUUAAUGCCUCUAAGUCAGAAUCUCCCCUAAAAGGUUUUGGCAUUUAGUAGUGUAAUAGUAAAGAUAAAAGAGGGAAAGCUGAACGAUGCAAAAUUCUCAUACCAAUGCAAAUUUCUUUCCUUCUUUCCUUGUUCUUGAACCCCAAUGAACGGAAAUUGCUUUAAAGGCAGGACACUGCCCACCUAAAAAGUUGCCAGUUGGCCACAUUUCAUCCCAUCAAGCCUAUUCUGUUUUUUUGUGGGUAAAUGUGUGGAGAUUAGAUUAAAUGAAGUUAGAACAGUUUUCAGGAAGGGUGGUUCAGAAAUGUUUAUGAAGUUGUCAAGAAGCUUUGGGGUUGACCACCUGGCAGUACUGUAGGAUGAGAAAGCUGAGACCCUCCUGCAGAGUGAGGAGUUACCCAUGAGGCAGCAGCCAAGGUGGAGAAGCACUAGAGGAGGGGUGCAGAAAGACCAAUGGGAGGAAGGGAGGUUUUUACUGUGGUAUUUCCAUCUUUCCAGGAAGUGAUACUAUGGAGAAUUAGUAGUUAAUUCCAGAGAAGAGAAUUAACUUUUGGUGGCUCUCAUCACCCCAGGGAUUUUCAUUAAAUAUCCAUAGAAAUGUCUAGAUUUUUGAGUGUUGUUAGUACAGUUUUAACUAGGGCUUGCAAACCCCAGAAUGAAUCGAGCUUCUCCGCAAUCAUCCUGCUUUUCAUCCGGGCAGAGAGAGGCCGUCCCGUACUGGGAAAGUCAACAAGCCCGGCACACACUUGUGAGGUCAUAGAAAUUGAUAAACCUUGUGUGCUAAGAGAGAUUACAGCAGAGGACAAAAAGGGUGGGGUUUGUGAUACUGGAGAAGGGUAAAGUACAUACGUGACAAAUCGCAGGUAGCAAAAGUGAUUUUUAAAGAGAAAGCAAAGAGUAGCAGGAAAAGACUUAAACCUUCUGAAAUUUUAUUUUAUAUAUUUAUUAUAUUAAAUAUUACUAUUUUUAUACUUCCUGUUAAUUGACAUACAUGUAUAUUGUUUGGGAUAUCAAAAAAAUAAAUGAAUCAAUAUGUCUCAUUUUUAAGGCAAGACCAUGUGCACUCUCAGGAAUCUGGAGUGUCAAUGUCAUCAGUCUAAUUGGGGCCAACAUUCCUUAUCUUAUCAAUUGCUGGCCAGGUAGCCAGACAGGUUUAGGGAUAUACAGUAUGGAAGAAACCAGACCAUUCAUUUUUGGGAGGUCAGUCAGUAGAUCUUUUUGGCACAGUACAGCAACACGGCCCGUCACCAGUACAGUAUAAAUAACACUCCACACAUUCACUCUCUGUCUCAGAUGAAAACCCAGCAAAGUGAUUAAGCUCCUACCUUUACAGGCCUUUACAGGCCUGGCUGCAGAAACCUAAUCUUAGUCAAAAGGACUAAUCCCUUGUUAGGGCAUUUUAAAGGAAAAUGCCCUGUUGUCAAAUACAGGUAAUAUUUAUUUUGUUCUUGUGGUGUUUCCCAGGCAAAAUAAAUCUCUCUCUCGCAUUUUGAUGCACUAGCUGGUAUAGUGAGAAAACCUCAUACUUAUCUAGUAUCUGUUUUGCCCUGAGUAGGGUUUUUAUUUUAUAACAGAUGUGCCUUUUUACUCCAUGGGUUCUCUGUGUCAUUUGCCUUUUUAAGAUCUGUACUGGUUCUGUGGAAAACUGGACCCAGGUCCUCACAGGUUUUGUAAAUAAUUGUCAAUAAUUGCUGUAGACAGUUACUGUUUGUGUUUUUCUGUUUAUAACUGUAAAUAAAUAUUUGCUGUCUUUUUAUA